AUGUCAACUGAGACAGAACUUCCAGUGGCUGUUAAAACCAGCGCAAAGAAAGACUCCAAAAAGAAAGGUCAGGAUCGCAGUGAAGCCACUUUAAUAAAGAGGUUUAAAGGUGAUGGUGUCCGAUACAAAGCAAAACUGAUUGGGAUAGAUGAGGUUUCUGCAGCGCGAGGAGACAAGUUAUGCCAAGAUUCCAUGAUGAAACUCAAGGGAAUUGUUGCUGCGACUCGUUCGAAAGGAGAACAUAAACAGAAAAUAUUUUUAACUGUCUCCUUUGGAGGAAUCAAAAUCUUUGAUGAAAAGACAGGACUACUACAGCACCAUCAUGCAGUUCAUGAAAUUUCGUACAUUGCAAAGGAUAUCACAGACCACCGAGCCUUUGGAUAUGUGUGUGGAAAGGAAGGAAAUCAUAGAUUUGUGGCAAUAAAAACAGCCCAGGCAGCUGAGCCUGUAAUUCUGGACUUGCGAGACCUGUUUCAGCUCAUUUAUGAAUUGAAACAAAGGGAAGAAAUGGAAAAAAAGGCACAAAAGGACAAGCAGUGUGAACAAGCAGUAUACCAGACAAUUUUGGAAGAAGAUGUAGAAGAUCCUGUGUACCAGUACAUUGUGUUUGAGGCUGGACAUGAGCCAAUCCGUGAGCCUGAAACAGAAGAAAACAUAUAUCAGGUUCCGACGAGCCAAAAGAAGGAAGGUGUUUAUGAUGUGCCAAAAAGUCAACCUGUAAGUCUGCAGAAUGGAAACUUAUUGCUGGACAUUGAUGAAAAUCUUGUUACAGUCACUCAGGCUGUUACCCAACUAGAGCUUUUUGGGGACAUGUCCACUCCUCCUGAUGUAACCUCUCCCCCAACUCCUGCAACUCCAGGUGAUGCCUUUAUCCCAUCUUCAUGCCAGUCACUUCCUGCUAUUACAGACACAUUUGGUUCUGUACCUUUUAGCACUGCUGCUGUACCCUCAGGUUAUGUUGCAAUGGGAGCUGUCCUGCCCUCCUUCUGGGGACAGCAACCACUCGUUCAACAACAAUUGGCCAUGAGUACUCAGCCUCCAGUUGCUCAGGUGAUGCAGGGAGGACAGCCAAUAGCAUGGGGCCAACCUGGUAUUUUUUCUCCUACCCAGCAACCAUGGCCAUCUGUAGCUGGUCAGUUCCAACCAACUGCCUUCAUGCCAACACAAACUGUUAUGCCUUUACAAGCAGCCAUGUUUCAAGGUACCAUUGCUCCCAUAGCUACUGUUCCACCCACAAGCGAUUCCACCAGAUCAAGUCCACAGACAGACAGGCCCAGACAGAAAAUGGGAAAAGAAAUGUUCAAAGAUUUCCAGAUGGCUCAGCCUCCGCCAGUGCCAUCACGAAAACCAGACCAGCCUUCCCUCAGUUGUACCUCAGAGGCCUUCUCCAGCUAUUUUAACAAAGUCGGGAUGGCACAGGAUGCAGAUGAUUGUGAUGACUUUGACAUCUCUCAAUUAAAUUUGACUCCUGUGACUUCUACAACGCCAUCUACAAAUUCACCUCCAACCCCUGCUCCCAGACAGAGUUCUCCAUCAAAAUCAUCAGUCUCUCAUACCAGUGACCCUACUGCAGAUGACCUCUUCGAAGAGGGGUUUGAAAGCCCAAGCAAAAGUGAAGAGCAGGAGGCUCCUGAUGGAUCUCAGGCCUCUUCCAACAGUGAUCCAUUUGGUGAGCCUACUGGUGAUACUAUAAGUCCACAGGUCGGUAGCUAG